AUGGCAGAUAAAUAUCCAAGAAUCAUCGUCGAGAAAAACCCAUCUCAGGCUCGUCUUGACGAACUAAAUUUCAAAUCAUGGCCCAAGUGGGGAUGUUCACCAGGGAAGUACCAUCUCAAAUACGAAGCAGAAGAGAUAUGUUACAUUGUUAAGGGUAGAGUUAAGGUUUACCCAAAAUCAUCAUCCUCCUCCUCCUCAUCCUCAUCAUCAUCACCAUCACUGGAUGCAGAAGUAGAGUGGUGUGUAGAGUUUGGGGCAGGUGAUAUUGUCACUUUACCAAAGGGACUUUCUUGUACUUGGGAUGUAUCUUUGUCUGUUGACAAACAUUACAUGUUCCUCCACCAUUCUUCUUAG